AUGUACUCAUUGCAUUCGUCCCUGCAGCCAUCAUUGCAAGGAGCAUUAGAAAUCCACACAAAUUUCACCGUUACAUAUCAAAUAAGCAAAGCAAUCAAGUUUAGAAGAACAUUUUUCACCGACGUAACAAUCACCUUUAUUGCCACCAGGAGUUUUCUUUUGGAAGCACCUAUAUUAAAUUUUGAUCUCAAACUUUAG